AUGAGGAACCACCUCCUCCUACUGUUCAAGUACAGGGGCCUGGUCCGCAAAGGGAAGAAAAGCAAAAGACGAAAAUGGCUAAAUUCGUGAUCCGCCCAGCCACUGCCGCCGACUGCAGUGACAUACUGCGGCUGAUCAA